AACUGAGUCAAACAUCAAGCUUCAAGGAGUCUCUCCACAGCAGCUCCACAGCCUCCAGACCGACCCUGAAGAUGACUCCCUCUGCCAGCCUGCUGCUGCUGCUCCUGCUCGGCCUCUCUCAGGCACUUCCUUUCCAGGAGGAAGGAAUAGAAGAAGAAGAAGAAGAAGAAGACGAAGAGGACACUGUCGACAUCACAACCAGGAUUCUGACCUCCAACAACGCCACAGAUGAGAUCCUGCUGGAAGGAGACCUGCUGGCUCCCAAAACCAGAAACGCCAUGAAGUGCUUUUUCGCGAACUGCCUGUGGAAGAAAGGCUCCAACGGCUUGGUAACAAUCCCCUUCACCACGAGCAGUCAAUUCACCAGCUCGGAGAGACAGAAGAUCACCAACGCUAUGAAUGCCUUCCACAGCAAGACCUGCCUCCGCUUCGUCCCCCGUCGGAACCAGUACGACUACAUCAGCUUUGAGAACAAGGGCGGAUGUUACUCCUCUCUGGGCAGAGCGGGAGCCAAACAGGUGCUCUCUCUCAACAGGCAGGGCUGCAUCUACGACGGCAUCAUCCAGCACGAGAUCAAUCACGCUCUGGGCUUCCAGCACGAACAGACCAGGAGCGACCGCGACUCACACGUCAGGAUCAACUGGCAGAACAUCAACCCGCAGAUGGCCUACAACUUCAAAAGGCACGACACCAACAACCUGAACACCCCCUACGACUACAGCUCCAUCAUGCACUAUGGAAGAACAGCCUUCUCCAUCCAGCGGGGGAAGGACUCCAUCACCCCCAUCCCAAACCCCAACGUCCAGAUCGGCCAGAGGAGGGGCAUGUCUCGCUGGGACAUCGUGAGGAUCAACACGCUCUACGGCUGCUAAUAACAAUGCUGAGGAUAAAUGCAACAAAUUCAUACUUAUUCUGCUUCUUUUUUCCUGUAAUUAAUCGAAAAGCCAUUACUACUGUUGCUUUGGAGACAACAUUAUAUUAUCAAUAUGUUUCAACUGUUCCAAUGGCAAAAUAUAUUAAUUCAAACAUGCUCAAAUGAUAAUAAGGCUAUUUAAAGAAACUGUAUUUCUUGUCAUUUGUGUCCCUUAAAAAAAAGGUAACAUUGUAGAACAAACAUGUAGUCAGUCCACUUCUUCAAUAUUUCACUAACAAUAGUCCAAGUAUUGAGAAAUAUACCUAAUAAUGAAAAAUCUUUCACGAAAACAAUAAAACUAAAUUGUUAUGUAACUUGUUAGUAUAUACACAUUGGUAAACUGACAUUUAGAAAACAAAAAUGGCUGCUGGCAGCAUAUCUACUGGUGUAAACGACUGCAAAGUAACAGGAACACUAACAGUCUCUCAGAGAGACAUCUGAACAGCCAUUCUUUUUUUUUAGCUCCACAAUGAAACAGGUGUUCAGUUCCUAUAGCACAAUAGGGGUGUGAUGUGUGUGGGUGGGUGAAGAUGGGGGAUUUCAUUUGCUGUUUAAACGCAAGUGACGAUAAAUAUCAAAAGAUAACGGUUAUAGAUGCGGUCUAUUGUUAGACACUCGUUGAAUUAUCGCUUACUUUGGGUUUGCUUUUGUUCAUGUACCUUGGAUGAACUGUGGGGUUGUAACCAAUUUUUUUCUACCUUUUGCCCCAGUGAGAGGCGUGCUCAUUCCAUCUGUUUUCAUCCUCCUGUGUUAUCUCAGUCUGGCAGCCUGCCUAACAACUAUUUCUGCCAUGAUGUGAGGACAUUUUCCCACUGGCUAUUCAUAUGGAGGACCUUCUUCCAAGACACAGCAGACAGGCAGAAAGCUGCCACUCUGCUGUGUUCUACAAAUAAAUGUCCUUCGCAUUAUAGUCUGUACACCAGCAAUUGUUUGAGGCACAGUUGUACUAGUCAGACCAAUUAGUCGUGUGCAAGGCAAUAAAUGUAAAUGUAAACAAA